CUGCCUGGCUCUCCGCCCCGCCCCGACCCGCCCGAAGCCUUCAGCCAGAGGGAGUACUUAAAUAAACAGAUAUUCAGUCUGUCACUUCACUCUGGAUAUCGCAGCGCGUGCAUCUUGAUUCAGAGACUGCUGCUCACUGCCCGAAGAUGAGGCUUCCCGCAGCAGGCCUCCGCGUCCUCUGUCUCGCCCUGCUGCUGACUUGCUCGGCGGCGACGCUCAAUGGAUGUGCCCUUCAGAUCGUGCGCGCCGGGCCUCACAAGUCCAGCCUGCAGCAUCACCUGUACAGCAAUGUCCUUGGAAUUCCCGCGCCAGGGUCGGUGUGUAUAAGCUACGCUGACGUGGACAGCGCCAUCUAUGCAGCCACCACGCGCAUCACCAUCGUGCCGCCCAAGGAGGACUGGACCCCGGACGACGUCGGGCCCGUGGGUGAGGUGUUGUUGGAGGCGUCGCGGAUUAUCGCCAGCAAGUACAGACUCUCGCCCCUGGAAGUUGCGCAUGACCUGCCGCUGCUGGACACGACUGGCACCGCCGCCGCCGCCAUCUGCCCGCGUUACGCCUCCCCGCUCAAGUGUAUCCCGGGCAGGUACCGUCGCAUCGAUGGCCUGUGUAACAACCUGCACCACCCCACAUGGGGCGCCACCAGGGCCGUCUUCACCAGGUUCCUCCCGCCUGACUACAGUGAUGGCAUCAGCAACCCUCGCCUGGCCCUGGACGGCUCGGAGCUGCCCAACCCGCGCUUGGUGUCCUCCCAUAUUCACAAGGAUGACGGCUUCCACGACCACGCGGCCACCGUCAUGAUGGUCGCCUGGGGCCAGUUCAUGGACCACGACUUCACCCUGACAGGCAUGCCACUGGACCCACGAACCCGUAACGAGCUGGAGGCGUGCUGCCACCUUCACCCAGGACAGAAGAAUCAUUACUGCAUGGAAAUUGGCAUUCCAAAGAACGAUCCUUUCUACAGACUCUUCGGCUUCGACUGUAUCGACUUCAUCAGAGGCUUCCCUGGCGUGCCGCAGAACUGUGCUCUGGGUGAGUGUUGGUGCUGCUUGAGACAGACAAUCCAGGGAAGUAGAGACAUGUGUCGCCUGUGGCCUGCUCCUCAAUCAGCUGACACUUGCAUUCUGCAGGGAUACUGGAAAGGCUAUGACCCUAAGGUGAACCCUGGCAUAUCAGCCUCUUUCUCUGCUGCUGCAUUCCGUUUUGGUCAUUCUCUCCUACCAUCUUCUGUGGAACGCUGGAGUCCUUCUCACAAGUACAUAGCCUCCAAACGACUGCACGAUUUGAUUCGUCAGCCAUAUGACAUGUUCAGACCCGGUGUGAUGGAUGAGUACAUCAUGGGCAUGGCCAACCAGCCUUGUCAGACCAUGGAUGAUGGCAUUACACAGGAAGUCACCAAUCACCUGUUUGAGGAAGCACACGAGCGGUUUGGACUUGACCUAGUGGCCUUCAAUUUGCAACGAGGAAGAGACUUUGGUCUCCCUGGAUAUGGAGCCUUUAGAAAAUUCUGUGGCCUGGAUCCCCACAUUUCCUUCCAUGACCUCGCCCACCACAUGACCAACUACACUACUUUAAUGUAUUCUGAGAUCUACAAAUCAGUGGAAGACAUAGACCUGUGGAGUGCUGGGGUGUCAGAACGGCCCCUCCCAGGUUCUAUGCUGGGCCCUAUCUUCUCCUGCCUAAUUGCCACCCAGAUGCAGCGAAUCAGGAAGGGUGACCGCUACUGGUAUGAGCUUCCUGACCAGCCAUCCUCCUUCACUCCCAAACAACUGGCAGCCAUCAAACAGGCCAGCCUUGCAAGGAUCAUCUGUGAAAACAGCGACCAUGUGAAAAACAUCCAACUGUACCCCUUGGUGCUGCAGGACCCCCGCCUGAACCCCCGAAUGUCUUGCAAGAGUGGCCUCAUUCGCCACAUAGAUCUGACGCCAUGGAUCGAAGCUCCUAUUGGCCCUGCCCCUGCACCAUACCCCCCAGCCACUGAGAUCAAGGUGUUCUCAACAGCCAAAAGUUUACACGGUCCCGGCCCAGCCAUAUCCACCGUGGAGCAAUCCUUCUUUUAUGGCUAUGGGCUCAGCCACUGACCUCCAACACUCCAUCCCUCCUCUGUUCAGCUCUACAACGUUCUUAAAAAUAUGGAUGAAAGACUGCAGUAAAAAAAAGCAUCCUCGUAUAAAACUCAAGAGCAAUCAAAUAAUGGUGAAUGUGGUUAACAUUUCUGUUUCACAUGCCAGACUAUGGCUUGCUCACAACCAACAAUAUAUUAAGACAGCCCAGUGGCACUCAUUUCAUACACUGGAUAUUAUAUAUAUAUAUA